AUGAUACUUGAAUCACCUCCUGAUGCCAAUGACUCUCUUACAGGUCAUAUACAGUCCUUCCCUCUUAUUAUAGAGGACCAGAAAACCGGAAAGGACAUCAAGAAGACGAGAGUGUAUGUGAACAGCAGUCAUACAGAGGAUAAGGGUCUCAUAAAGGGUGAAGAUGACAUACUUUUUCCUAACAUCAGUAUAGUGGCUAUAUGCCAGGAAGGACUAUUCAUGGGGUUACUUACCAGAAAUACGUAUUUGACCAUACGACAUAGACAAGUAGGAGUUAAUGAGCUUUCCGAUGAGCAAUGGAAAGAUUCCCUUCUCCAACUCUUCCCCAUUGAAGAAUCUGAUUUAAUGGAGAAUGGAGAUAAUCAAAUCCAAAUUGCGGCGAGAUAUGUAUCACUGUUUGAGAACUAUGAUGAAGAACUUGGAUAUAAUGAUAAUUCUGAGGCGUAUUGUGCAGAUCACAUUACCUUACAGUUCCAGACAAAGGCUACGAUUCCGGUGACCAUCGGUGAGUUGGAAUUGAAAAGAGUUUACGAUGAAGAAGAAUAUGAAGCAGAUCUAAAGGGUGAAGAAGAUCAUAAGGAUGAAGAAGAUCCAAAGGAUGAAGACUCUUAUGCUAAUUAUGUCAAUGUGUUCAAAUGGAUGGAUUUAUUGAUAAGCCACAAUAAGCAACUCAUGGAAAAGUGUAAUGUAUUGAUAGAGGAAAGGUCAAAUGCAGAGAAUGAAAAGGAAAAGGUGUUUUACAACUACAAUAUUGCAAAGCAAGAGUUUGAGGAGAUCAAUAAAGAUUUGAAGAACAAAUUCUAUACUGUUCUUAAGGCCAAGAAAGACCGAAUAUGGGCAUUACAGAAUGCUCUUGGACAACCAACAGAUACUCUUUUUCAAUUGAAUGAGAAAUACUAUGAAGGGGGUGGGUUAGUGAGUAGUAAGUUUGACAAGCUUCAGAAGCCACAAGAAGUUAGCCAACCCCCAGCAUUGAAGCGACAAAAGGUUUCUUUCAAGAGUGAACCAGCCGAUCCUUUUCAAUUCAAGCCAAUGGAAUCAUCGGAACCAUCGGAAAUAGCGGAACCGCCUAUAAAGAAGGAACAGAAGUUGAAACAGACCAGUUUCUACGGCCGACAGAAGAGUGAUUCGGAGUUGGUUCACAGUGUAUUGGGAGAAACCGACAACGAUAGUGAUGAAGAUGACGGUGAUGCACAAGAAGAACAAGCAGAAGACAGUAAUACAGAAUAUGAAGAUGAAGAAAAUAAGUCUGAUUCAAUUAAUGAAGACGAACCAGACAUAAUUAAGUCUGAAGACAUAAUAGAAGAUUCACUUGAAUCUGUUGCACAAAAGGAUGCCGAUGAUAUGGUGAGUGAAUCAGGUACAGUAUACAGUGAAGAAGAUCAAGGGAAUAAAGAUGACGUGGACACGACCACACGGGAUGAUUCUAUGGACCAAGAAACUGAUUAUGGUAGUGAAUAA